AUGAUUUUCACAUUCCUGAAAGUUUCAGUCUUUCUCAUUCUUGGAAUACUUGCUCUGGUGGGCAUUGGUGUUGGAUUUAUAUGGUUGAUAGACUAUUUUGACGCAAAUCCUUACGGCUCGAAGGAGUUGGUGCAAAAGGUACUGUACACCUCUGUGGCCCUCCAUGUUCUAUUUUUGCUCACAGGCAUGCCAAUUUUACAAAUACUCUAUAGUCUCGGUGUUCAGUAUUGUUUCAAUACAUUGUUUGACACAUAUUCGCUCAUUCGUGUGGAAGAUCCGCGGUUCAUUGGCGGACUCAUAGGCUCACUUGUAAACUACUUUCUCAUGCUAAGGUUCUUUACUGUAUAUGAAAAGAAAAUUAUUCUGUUUAUUCCUUAUUUGUGCAUCAUCUGGGCUACACCAGUUUGCUUCUUCUUCAGUAUCAGUGUAAACGAGGAUACGCUAUUUGUAAAAAAAGGUGGGAAAAAAGAGCAAAACAUAUGCUGGACUGUUCCUUGA